CCAUGCCAUCCCCCAUUCCCAUCCCACGCCGUCGCCGUGGAAGGAUGGAUCCCACUGGUACUGUGGCUAGAUAGAAACGAUCCUGUACUAGGUAGAAAACCACACCUGCGCUGCGCCUCUGCUGCUCUGCACGUGUGUGUAUAAUACUACACCGCUACCGCCUCGAGCGAGCGCAUACCUUGGCAGCCAUAGCUUCCUUUGCUUGCUUCAAUUCGUUGCUGCGCUCCUCCUCCUCAGCUUGUUGCAGUGCGGUGGUCCAUCAUCAUCAAUAUACUGUAAUAAUCUUGCGAGGAGGAGGAAAAGACUCGCACCUGCGUCUGCGUCUGCCGGGCCGGCACAGAUGGAGGGCAAGGCGGCGAAGAAGACCAUUCCAAAGUCGGCAUCACGGUUCCGGUCGGUGUGCGUGUUCUGCGGCAGCAGCCCCGGGAAGAAGGCGGCCUACCAGGUCGCCGCUAUCCAGCUCGGCCACCUACUGGUGGAGCGCGGGAUCGACCUGGUGUACGGCGGCGGCAGCGUGGGGCUGAUGGGCCUCAUCUCCCGCGCCGUCCACAAUGGCGGCGGACACGUCCUCGGUGUGGUGCCCAAGGCGGUGCUGCCGCGGGAGGUCAUCGGGGAGACGCUGGGAGAGGUGAAGGCGGUGUCGGGGAUGCACCAGCGCAAGGCCGAGAUGGCACGUCACUCCGACGCAUUCAUCGCCCUCCCAGUGUACUCCUCCCUCCUUGCACUCCUUACGCAUGCAUGUAGGUGGGUACGGGACACUGGAGGAGCUCCUCGAGGUCAUCACCUGGGCCCAGCUCGGCAUCCACAGCAAGCCGGUGGGGUUGUUGAACGUGGAUGGCUACUACGACUCGUUGCUCUCCUUCAUCGACAAGGCCGUCGACGAAGGCUUCAUCACCCCCGCCGCGCGCCACAUCAUCGUCUCCGCCCACACCGCCCACGAACUGCUCGCCAAGCUCGAGGAGUACGUGCCGGUGCAUGACGGAUCGUCGGUGAAGCUGAGCUGGGAGAUGGAGCAGAUCGGAGGGAUUUACUACUCCCCCAAGUCCGACAUCUCAAGGUAGCGAGCAAAUUAAACCGCCAUGCCAUAUAUAUAUGCCUCGACGGACUGACAUGAUCACAAUCGCUCGCUGGCUGGGGACAGAUAGAUGCAGCUGCAGAUUAUUAUAUAUGUCCCUCCUCCGUUGACCACCUUCGAUUUCCAUCGCUUCUUCUCUGUAAAUACAUACCUUAUUAUUAUUCGAUUUCGGCCUCCCUCUCUCAUCUGUAUUAAUUAAUUAAUGGCUUGUACUAAUAAGAUGCACGCAUGUUAACGUC